AUGCCCCAUGGGGAGAGUAAAAAAGAGAAGAAUGAGAAUAAGAUUGUGGAGAAGAGGGUGGAAGAGACAGGGCCGGCUAUUACUGGGGUGUACGAUUACUUUCGAAAUUUGUUUGCGAGGUUGAAACAACAAAACUUUUAUCGAGACUUCUUCAAAUCUAAAAACCCUCAACCAACCACAAUGUUUCUUCCAAUUGAGGAGAAAAUCAAAGGACUAUUCGAUAAAAUCUAUAAAAUUGUUGAGGAUUUCCUCGAGCAUGAGAUGAAGGGCCUGAAGAAUCACACGGAGGAGGAUUUAGAUAAGAUUAAAAAAAUUCUCACGGAGUACAAAUCCACUAUUGUCAAAAUAUUUGAAGACCAUUCAAAAUCCACUGAUGAAGUGAAAGAGAAAUUGCAGAAAAGAGUCGUCACUGCAGAGGAAUUCGACGAGUUCAUUAAAAUCUCUGAAGGGAAAUUGAAUGAGUUGAAAAAAAUUACUGAAAAUCUGACAGAGUUCCUCGUCUUGCCCGAGCUGGAUUCGUUCAAGCAGAAUCUCAAGAACACCUUGAACCAGGAUAAUGAGGGGAUAAUGAGUGCGCGCAGACAGCUCGUGCAUUCCUUGAAGGAUUCUCUUGUACAGAAGCCCGUGCCUCCAAAAUUGCCGCUGUCAGAAAUAAAAAUUCCAGACAUGCAGUCGAAGAAGUCCACUUCGACAUCACAAGAGGAAAAAUUCGUUCCCAAGUCCAUUAUCUCCCCGGAAAUUCGAAAUAAACUCAGAAAAUUCAGUUUCACGAAGCACUUCAACUCUGAAACCGCGACGGGACGUGCGAACGUAGCCAAAUUAACAAUCGCCGGAAUCGUCUUGGGGCUUCUCUACUGGCGUCGCAAACGAUCUCAGGCUCAACAAUAAAAUUGUAACAAAAUUAAAUAAUUGAGAUCUUUCAACUGAACAAAGAGGGCAGUGACUUAUUCAUGUAAUUGCGGUUCAUAAAUUCAAUUCAAUUCAAUAACUAAUAGAAGUUUGACAAAAUCAGUGGUCCUAUACUGUCCGAGUAUUUCAAAUUUCAAAUUACUCAAAAUUCAGCGG